AUGGAAGCUAGCGUAUGUCACUCCUAUACCCAAGGUGAGCGGUGCCAAGAAGUCUCUGAGUUCCGCCCUAUAAGCAUUCUACCGACUCCGAUCAAAGUUCUGGAGAAAUUUAUCAAAGAGCAUCUGUUAUCAUGGCUCACCGCUAGGAAUUUUGUUCCCCUUGAACAACGUGGGUUUGUCCCAGAAGCAUCUACCUGCGCUCAGUUGAUUGAUUGCGCUUAUGACUGGAUCUCCGCUCUAAAUUCCAAGCAUAAUGUUGACGUUAUUUAUUAUGACAUCACAAAAGCCUUCGAUACGGUAUGCCAUUCCAGUCUGUUGAGGAAACUUGAUAGCGACGCUAGUAAGGCAGUUCUUCAGUUGGACACGAAUAUAGAUAUACUCAAAGUUUCUGAAGACCAUCCACACGUUAUACAUCUACGUAUCGAGACCUUAGAGGCACAGCUGGAGAAGCUCAGGCUACAGUUUUACCUGGCACGGGCAUCUGGUGAUUCUACACCGUAUGAGGGACUUGUAGCAAGAGGGAGAUUGACCCCAGAAACAUGGAACCUGUUCUUGAAGGAGAAACAUGUGGACAAUCACAAUCAACCUCUUGUACUCGAUCCGAAUCAACAGGGACAAUUGAUCACGAACAACUUGGAAUUCCUCGGCAACUACAGCACCCAACUCGCAGGUAUUCGACAAACCAUGGCGGAUGAAAACCGCGCACAAUAUUAUGAUGACGUUCGCAGAAGCCAAGAAGCUGGAAUCGCCGAAGGAACAACAUUUGAAAGAGAGGUCUUGGCAGCUUUGAACGCAAUCUACCAUAAGUUGCAAACAAAGGAACACCAUACGCGAGGAAGAAACGCAAGACAGCUUGCAGAAACAACCACAGAAACAUCGGGAAAAACGAAGGACACGGACGUAAUACCGGUAAAGACGAACACUGACGUCAACAUUCAGGAAGCGGAAAAGAUUACAAUACACAAAAACGUGGAAUUCAUGGAAGUUAUAAAUAUUGAUGACGAAGAAUUAGAAACAAGACAGGCCAACCUGCAGUUCGACGAAGGCCUGGUUGUUCUGCAUGAAGUGGAGAGUGAUGAAGAUGACAAAAGAAUCGUAGUUGUAGUGGAAAAAACCCCGGAAAACACAGACACUGAAGCCUCACGAAACGUCUCUCACAGGCGCGUAGACAUCUUACGCUCUCGACAGCCUGCAACAGGCAAGGAUUCUCAGGAGGACAGAGUUGCCGAUUUGGAGCUUGAUCUGGAGGAAACCAGAGAAUUGAAGGCUCGAGCCGAGCAACAGGUUAAUCAGUUGAGAAGAAACAAGCCGCGUGCAUGGCGCAUGUUCCUGAGUGCUCGACCAACACAGCAAAAUCUUCCGUGCGCUUUCUGCCUUGCCGUAGGCAGCCACUAUUCGGACUCAUGUUCAGAGUACCGAGACGUAAGAACACGCAGACGACUGAUAAGAACCGACAGUAGAUGCAACAUCUGCCUGUUGCCGUUAGACCACCAUAAAGGACGAUGCCCACGAGGAGGUCAACAAUGCAGACACUGUGGUGAACGAAGUCACCACACCGCGCUAUGCGAGGAACCCCAACGUGCAGAGCAGAUCGCGAAGGAUAUAAAAGAGCUAGUCCGGAAAGUUAAAGAAUACGAGCUCACCAUCGAGCACAAGAAUGCAGCUGGAAACAAAAAGGUAACAGGACAAACACAAGUGACCUUCUUCUCAGCAACUCCUUAUAAGUGA